AUGGUAAAGGAUAGUGAGAAAAUUAAAAUAGGAAAUCAGCAUAGAAGAAAAUCCAAAGCACCUCCCCCUCCAUCUGAAACAAAACCUGUUGCUGUUUCUCCGUUUGAUGACACGGAAUCAGACAACUUCAUAAUGGAACAGAAAGAGAAUGUAAUUGAUAAAGAUAUUGAACUGUCGGUGGUCCUGCCAGGAGAUGUAAUCAAGCAUACUACAGUUAAUGGGAGGAAGCCCAUGAUGGACUUGCUGAUUUUUCUGUGUGCACAGUAUCAUUUAAAUCCAUCAAGUUAUAGUAUAGAAUUGAUAUCAGCUGAAAAUAGUCAGAUUAAAUUCAAACCAAACACACCAGUGGGAAUGCUUGAAGUGGAAAAGGUGAUUUUAAAACCAAAACAAAUGGAUAAGAAGAAACCUGCUCCAGUUAUACCAGAGCAAACAGUAAGAGUAGUGAUAAACUACAAGAAGACACAGAAGACAGUGGUAAGAGUUAGUCCGCAUUCACCUCUUCAAGAACUCGUACCAAUUAUCUGUAGUAAAUGUGAGUUUGAUCCUUCGCACACUCUGCUGUUGAAGAAUUACCAGUCUCAAGAACCCCUUGAUGUGACAAAAUCUCUUAAUGACCUUGGACUAAGAGAAUUAUAUGCCAUGGAUAUCAGUCGAGACUCCUACCAGUCUGAAAACUUAGAUGUUCUGAAGGAGAAAGAAAACAAAGGAUUCUUCAGCUUUUUUCAGCGAAGCAAGAAGAAGAGAGAACAAGCUGCCAGUGCCCCAGCAACCCCACUGAUGAACAAGCCAAGGCCAACUUUUAUCACAAGAUCUAACACUGUUAGCAAGCAGUAUGAUUCAAACACUCUGCCAUCUGAAAUGCCAAAGAAACGGAGAGCUCCUUUACCACCUAUGCCAAAUUCUCAGAGUGCUCCCCAGGAACUUGCACAAGCCCAAGUCAGACCAGCAUCUGGUAUUGUGAAAUCAAACAGCUUUGAUAGGAAUGAACAGGGCCCCUCAGGAUUAGUACGGAAAGGUUCUCUGCCACUCAGUGACACUGCUUCUGUGAAUUCCUCUCUGCGGAGGAUGAAGCGCAAAGCACCCUCACCACCCACUAGAGUACCAGAAGAUCAAAGUGAAAGCAGUAAUGAGACUGUAUCACGGUAUACAGAAUCAGCCCCUAUUAAAGUAGAAGAAAGACCUCCUGAAGUACCAUCUGAAACAGGUGGAAAGAGCUCAGACUACAACCUGGAAGAAAUUGAUGAAAAGGAAGAGGUGAAUGUGCAAAAGAGAGAGGAAGGUGAAAGUACAAAUACCUCUCUUGGGAUAGGAGAGGUUACUGCAGCCCUCAGCUCUGCUGAGGUACCACUGGAAACUGAAAAAAAUGAUCCUGCUUCAUCAGCUCCAGUUCCUGGCAGUGUUUCUGUUGACAACUCACAAGGCUUCAAGGAAGAAAAACAAGAAAAUAUGAGCACAGAUGGCAAAGGACUACAGACUAAGAUAAGCAGUGAGCAGGCUGCAUUUGAAAAAGACAGGAAGCUUCAAAUUCUGGGUCAAAAUAAAAGUGAUGAUCACAGUGAUACAAAACUCCUUCCAACAACAGAAGAAAGAGAAGAACUUCAGACAGCUAAAAUUAAAACAGUAGAUUUUAGAGAAAAUAACAAGCUUGAAGUUGACAGACUAUCAAACUGCCAAGCAUGUAAAAAUGACAUCUCUGUAAGUCACAGGAAUUAUCCUCAUCUGAUUCCAGAAAAGCGAGAUCAGAAAACAAAUCGAAGUAGCUUGGACACAGUGAAAACUCAGGAUGUUGCCAUCCAGACAGGUCCACCAGAUAGCAAUUUGGGAAGGACGACACAGAAAGAAAUUAGUAUUCUUCAGGAUUGUGAAUCAUCCACAUUCAGAGGACUGUUCCCUCAACACAAUAUGGACACAAACAACCCCCUUCUUCAGGUGAUGCAUGGAAUACAAGAGGAUAAAGAUACUACAACAGAACAAAAUUCUGAGAGACAAGAAGUUACCCAUGCAAAAGUAAUCCCCAUAAAAGACCAGAGUCACGUUUGCAUAAAUGGCAGUAGUUCUGCUUCACCAGAAACAACUGCAAAAACCCCAGAUGGCUCUCCUGUAAAAGGUUACCCUUAUUAUAGACAGGAUAGCAAACCUAAACCCAAGCCUGCUAAUGAAAUUACAAGGGAUUACAUACCAAAAAUUGGAAUGACAACUUACAAAAUAGUGCCUCCAAAAUCCUUAGAAAUAAUGAAGAGCUGGGAAUCAGAAAUUCCCUCAGAUUGUAAGGAUCAGGAGGUACCUACUUUGGAAAACUCUCUGAAGCAUGGAAACCCCAAAGAGUUGAUAGAGCAAGCUGAAAUUCCUCAUCUUCCAAAAAGUCCAAGUCAUUUACAGGUUGGUUCACAAAAUGAACCUGCAGUAGAAAACGAUCUGCUGCACAGAGUGAACAGCAUUUCUGAACCCAUUGUGAUGUCUAGAGAUGAGACUACUACUGAAAGCAAUUGGACAGAAGCAGAAUCUUCCAAACAGCAUGUCCCACUGAUGCUAAGCUUGGAUAAUACAAAUGCUUCUUCCGAGACUCAGGACAAAUCAAAUGCAUUAAGCCCUACAAUGAAGCCUAGUUCUUUUUAUCUGCAGAUGCAACGAAGAGCUUCAGGUCAUUAUGUAACAUCUGCAAUUGCCAGAAGUACUGUUUGUGCUCCUAAUUCCAUUCCAAACAAAGCUAAGAAUACAGAGAUGGGGAAAAAAGUUUCAUCAUCUGAUGCAACUUUGUCUUUACUUAAAACAAGUACUUCCUCUCCUCCAGAAGAUGAAGAAAAAGUUGAUGAUGGAAAAAAAAUCGAAUCCCCUGAUCAUGUUGCAAGCAAUAAACCUUCAAGUUUUCCCUCCUGUCUGCCAGCACCAUUGAACCUAAGAACUCUAAGAACUUUUGCAGUUCCAAAGCCAUACUCCAGUUCAAGACCAUCCCCUUUUGCUCUCGCUGUCUCAUCUGCAGUCAAAAGGUCCCAGUCAUUCAAUAAGACACGUACAAUCACCAGCCAGGCAAUGAAAGAGGAUUUUUCUGUUGAGCUCUCCUCUUCCACUUCGGCAGCUGAAUUCUCCUCAGCUACCUUCGUGCCUGAAGUGAAAACCCAUUCCUUACAGGGGUCACAAAAUAGUCUAACAGAUAAGAAAAGCAGCAAUGUGGAUAAUGAGCAGAAGAGUCAGGCGCAGUCAGGUGCUUCCACUGACCACCCACCCCUUGUCACUAAGAGACAAACUGCGAUGAUGUUCCAAUGCUCUGACCCAGAACAGAUCCACCAGAGCUUACUGGCUGCAAUCCGGUCUGGAGAAGCUGCUGCCAAAUUGAAAAGGGUUGGUCCUCCAUCAAACACCGUGUCUGUCAAUGGAAGAGCCAGACCUACUCAUUUGUAUUCCACAGAAGCGAAAGCUAAUCACUAAAUAUUAUACCAAAUACUUUGCACUUUACUCCUGCUUUCUAGGCCAAUUUAAUACUAACUAAAAUUUUUGAAAGUGUAAAUGCAAGUAUA